GGGAUCGAAAAUAAGAUCAUAACAUUUUAUGGCGGGAAAACUUUGCGUGGUCGAGAUGAGUGAAUACGAGAAACUUAGGAAUAAGAAUUUACAGGACAACAAACGUAUUUUAGCAGAACUUGGAUUAGCUAAUAUUUUUCCAAAAUCAUCAAAAGUCACAUUUAAAAAGGAUAAGCUACCUGCAAAAAAUGAAAGUCAGUCUUCAAGGCGAAAGCCAACACAGAAAAGGAAACUAGAGAUUAAAGAUGAAGAGCUCGGAUCAAUCCGCAAAAGAAGACGAAGAUCAGCAAGGAUUCAAGGCAAAGAAGCGGAAGUUGUGGAGUUGGAGGAUGAAUUUUCUGGUGAUGAAGAUGAAGUUAAACCACCACUCAAAAUUUUCAGACCAAAAACAUACGGAGUCAUUGAGGGGGUAGAGAUUGGUACAUCAUGGAUGAUGCGCAUAGAUUGCUCUAAGGAUGGCAUUCACAGACCCACAGUUGCUGGUAUUCAUGGAGGUCCUGAGGGAGCCUAUUCUAUUGCUUUGUCUGGCGGUUAUGAUGACAACAUUGAUCUGGGGGAAGGAUUUACUUACACUGGAGAAGGGGGAAGAGACUUGAAGGGAACAAAGACUAACCCAAAGAAUUUAAGAACAGCCCCACAGUCGAAAGACCAAACCCUUACCAGAGGUAACUUGGCUCUUAGUAAGAAUGUUGAAACCAAGCUUCCAGUGAGGGUGAUUCGAGGUUACAAGCUGGACAGUGCCUUUGCUCCAGAGGAGGGUUACAGAUAUGAUGGACUGUAUACUGUUGAAAAAUGUUGGUUCACCACUGGUGUGUCUGGAUUUGGAGUGUGGAAAUUUGCAUUAAAGCGUUGUCCAAAUCAGGCACCUCCACCAUGGACAGUUACUGAGUUAAACUCGGGUGAAGAUUCAACAGAUGAUGAAAAUUCAAGAGGAGUGUCUGAUGUACAUCAAGUGCAAAAAAAGGCAAAGCUUCAAACAAAGAGCAAAGAUUGCGAUGAAGUUCUGGCCCCCAAGGGAGAUGCAUCCAGAUCCUCAAGUCUAUUAGAUACAAAAAGUAGUGAAAACAUAAAGGCAAGCAAUGGUAGCACUGAAGAGGAGACAGCUAAACACUCGACUGGGAACAUAAAUGGUAGUUCUCAAAAACCACCAAGGGACAAUGGCACAGGCACAGGGGACAAGAUUGAUCAGUAUGGUUCAGAGGAGCUCAAAGGCAAAGCAAAGGUGGAGAAUAGUACACCCGAAGAAAAUGUUAUUGCCAACAAAGAAAAUGUAAAGAUUGGCACUGACAAAUCCAAUACUGAUCUGAAAACUGUCAAGCAUGAAAUGAAUAAGAAUGUUCCCAACUGUGAAAGUGAAUCCAAGACCUUGCGAGGAGACUCUGUAGAAGAAGGGGAUGACAACCUGACAACAGAAGAUGAUCCUGAAAGAUAAAAGAUUUUCAAGUCAUGGGCCUAUACUGAAUGUAUUUGGAGAAACACUGAUCAUGGAUAUGUGAAGAGCUCUUUGCAUGUAUUAGUAGCUUAGAACUUAUUAGCAUGCUUUUUUCCGUUGCUGAAAUUCAUAUGCAAACAUAUACAAAUUUCUAUUUUUAUACUGAUAGCUGCAAAUAUUGAUAAAGCAAAUGAAUGAAAUGUAUUCAAUGUUGAUAUGUUUAUUUGAACAGAUUUUUACCAAAAUAAAUGUUGAUUUUAUUCUGAA